UUUCCUUUCUGUUUCCUUCUUAGGUUUCUAGUAACGUGGAAUCAAAUGAAGCAUCUAAUUUCUCUACCUGGAGUGAGGAAAACAUCUCGGCUACAGACAGCAACUCUUCAGACAGGAGCUCCUGCACUAAAGAAGACUCUGAGGCACGUAAACCAGCCAAGAGAACACGCCAUUCUAGUGGUGUGGUGAAUGAACCAUCUGAUCUGUCUAACUUCUGUGAUGAAAACAACCCGGGGACUGAGAUCAGGCCUUCAGACGGCAACAAAGACAUGAACAUCCAAACAGACUCUGGGGCUCAUAAUCCAGCUAAGAGGAUAUGUCGGAGGGUGCCUGAUAUGUCAGAGGGUGCAGUAGCAAGACGUGGGAGUGGAGAGAUGGCUUCCUGUUCCCGUCCCAAAGUGCCAGGAUCCACUCCAGAUUACACACACUGCUUGCACUGUCAAGGUCUGUACAUUCGAAAGUCGCUAUGGAAACAUGUCAGAUACUGCCCUCUGAACCCCAAAGCUGAAGAACCAAAACCUGGACAAAAGAUGAGGUUUCAGUCAGCAAUGGUGUUUAAGUUGUGUCCUCAACCCGACUACGUCAGCACAGGUCUUUGGAAGAUAGUUUGUGGUAUGAACUCCGGCCAAGUUUCAUUUGUGGUAAGAAAUGACAAAUGUAUCCUCCUCAUGGGAGAAGAGAUGUACAACAAACUACCGCCAGAUGACAGAAGAAAUAAAUACAUCCAACAAAGAAUGAGAGAGGUGGCAAGACUCCUCAUCACGGCCAGGACGUGUACACCUUUGAUGUCCUUUGAGGACCUGGUCAUACCUAGUAAUUUACCUCACGUCAUCACGGCAGUGAGAGCUGUUGCUGGCUACAACGAGGAGAACAAAACGUACGACUGUCCCACGCUGGCUGUUCAAAUGGGAUACAACUUAAUGAACAUUGGCAGCGCUGUGGAAUCCUCUGCACUGACGUCAGGACAACACAAAGUCGCGGAGUCUGCUGGCAAAUUCAAAAGUUUCAAGUGGAAUGAGGUUGUUUUGGCUGGAGCACUGUCCACUCUCAGUGAACCCAAAAAUAAAUGUACCCAGCCGACCCGUCGCACAGGCGCCCAGCCGACCCGUCGCACAGGCGCCCAGCCGACCCGUCGCACGGGCGCCCAGGUGACCCAGGGCCCAGCCGACCCGGCGCACAGGUCCUCAGCCGACCCGGCACACAGGCGCCCAGCUGACCCGGCGCCCAGCCGACCCGGCCGUCAGGCACCCAGCCAACCCGAAGAAACACUGUGAGAUUAAAGUGGAUCACUGAUGAGGUAGCAGCAGUAGAGAAACACAUGAUGCCGUUCAUAAAGAGUAGCCGAGUUCCUGAAAAGAGGGACUGCCUCGAAGUCCUCCAGUCAGAACCUGUGGCGCUCAAAAGCAGAGACUGGUCUCCCUAGUUCUAUGUAAAUAGAGUCAAACAGAGACAGAGUACUGCAGGGAACUUGGGAGACCGCGGCCCAGACGGGGACUUCAAAUCAGGUCCAGAGACUGUCAAUGCAACACCUUAGCCAUUGUGUUUCCCAGUCAGACUUCCAACCAGCCAGGGAUUCGAACCAGCGACUUUGUGUGUGUGGUGGGGGGUUACAGGUACAAUAUUUAAAUUCAUAUUCUGUUCAUAUAUUUUAUAUUUAUUAGUUCACACAUUGUACCUGUGGGCUGCCACAAAAAAAUAAAUAAGAGGAAAUUAACUCCACCAUUUCCUGGUUGCUAAAAAUCUAAUAGUUAACCUAAUUUUAGUUCGUGACAUCACAAGCAAGUCUAGUGUAGACUACAGGAUCAUUGUACUAUCUAAACCGCUGUGAAAUAUAUUUUCCAUAACCAAAAAGAUUGUAUUUUCAGCUGUUUUGAAGCUGGUGAACAAAACUUGAAAGUAAAAGACGCAAAAAACAAAACUUAAGAACGGGAAGCAUAGAAAUAGUGCACAUAGAACAGAUCUACCGGCUUCCUAGACUUUGCUUUCAAUGAGAGUGACAGAUCUAUAACUGUAAGUAGAUAUGCAGUCCUCCAUGGGGAUCUUGAGAGGCAGUAGGGCUGAUUUUUGGUUUUGAUUAAUUUUGUAAUUUGAGAUUAAAGUGAAUGUAUCUAUGAUCUUCAAUGCAUUUGGGAGCAAUAGAGAUACAUUGUCUAGAUAUAGUACAAUAUCGUCUGCGUAUUGGUGUUUUUACUUUGAUGAAUUGCCUGGGCCAGUGGUUCCAUGGAUAAUAAAAUAACAAAGGAGAAAUUGA